UAUAGACGAUGUCAGAAAUUAAGUCGACAAAGUGGUCUCCCCUGAAACUAUCCUUUUCCGCCAUUACGGUGCUCCCUAGUCAAUAUCGCCGAAAUCGCGAAAGCUUAUCCAGCCGCUAUGCCUUACGAAAACUGUAGGGGCAGACAAUGUGUCGUAGUUGGGUGCAGCAAUAACCAGAGAGACCUGUAUCGUUGGAAAAAUACAAUAUGUGCUGAACAUGGCGAAAAAAAUGAGAAUUGUAUAUGCCUUGCUCCGUUCAAGUUCCAUUGUUUACCUCUGAACGCCGAGCGAAGACGAGAGUGGUUGGGUGUUAUCAACAGGAAAGAUUUCAAUCCAGCAAGCAAAGCCGUGGUUUGUUCCCUGCAUUUUGUAGAUGGGCUGCCAACGAAGAAAAACCCUCUGCCUACCGUCAACAUGGGCUAUGAAGUGACCAAGACGCCAAAGCCAAGACGUCAGCUGGUCAGAAGAGCGCUGAUGCCUGUGAGUGACAACAUGAAGCUGGAGCCCUCCGAGCCCAUGUUUUCUGCCACUAUGUUACCACCUGAUUAUGUAAAUGACAUUAGUUAUGAACAGAUUGAGUGCAAAACAACAUGCUGUCUAAAAUAUCCAGGUUUUUGCAACAAUGUGCCGAAGAUGGUAGAGGCUAGCACCCAGACUGAUGAUUUAAUUAGACUUGACCAUCCAUAUGCGUAUCAUAAAACCACUAAAUGUGCAUCUACUCAACAAACCACACCAGAAUUCAGCAUUGAUGACAUUUCUUCAGACACUGAUGCACGCUUUUAUACAGGACUUGACUAUAGUGUACUUAUGGCCCUAAUAGCUAUGAUGAUUCCAUUUGGUAAAGCUUUAAGUUAUAAAUUAAACAUUUCAGAUCAAAUUGUAUCUGUCUUGAUGAGACUGCGGCUAGGUUUGACAUUUUUUGAAAUUAGCAGGCGCUUCAACAUUUCAAGACCAUUAGUCGCCAACAUAUUUCACACAUGGAUUGACAUUUUGGCUGUAAAGUUGAGUGACUGUGUAGUUUUGGCUACCUAGAACAUCUAUAAGAAAAACAUUGCCUUCAUCAUUCGUAGACACUUAUCCAAAGACAACAUGCAUUAUUGACUGUACUGAAGUUUUUAUUCAGCGACCGUUCACUUUGAAAGCUAGGAAUCAGACUUACAGCAAUUAUAAAAGUCAUAAUACUGCCAAAUUUCUUGUAGCUAUUGCUCCAAAUGGGUACAUAAUGUUUGUGUCAAAAGCAUAUGGCGGGAGAGCUAGUGAUAAUUUUAUCACUAAAUCUUCAGGUUUCUUGGAAUACUUAUUACCUGGCGAUGAAGUUAUGGCUGAUCGCGGGUUUACUAUAGGCGAAGAACUGUGUGCUAGACAAGUAAAAUUGAACAUUCCAGCAUUUAUGAAAGGAAGAACACAGCUAUCUGCACAAGAAACCAUUGCAUCAAGGCGCAUCACAUCUGUACGAAUACAUGUUGAAAGAGCCAUAAAUAGACUGAAAUGCUUCAGAAUAUUAAGUACAACUUUGAAUAUUAAAUCAACCACAAAACUUGAUAAGAAAAUGCGAGUGAUUGCCGCCCUUUGUAAUUUGCAGGGCUCCUUAAUUAGAGAGAAUACUUCUGAGGAUUGAAGAAAUGUUUUUCAUUGUUUAAAGAGAGCCUUAAUUAGUACAUCCAAGAAUGCAUAUUGUCAAUAGGAGCAACUAAUGAAUGAGUCAGAUACAGAAUAAUGAAAAUGAACACAAUAUAUGUUUUAGUACAUGUUUUAUUUUAACCAAUUUAGCUAAUAAAUAAUAAAAUAUUCAUAAUAGCACAUGCAUUUCUCUACUAUUCUAUGGGCAAGUUUAACGUUUAGUUUCACCGAGUAUUAGAAUGUAGCUUUAGUGAUUUAAAUUCAUAUUUAUUAUUUAUUCUACAAUUAAUAAUUAUAAUGAUAGUCAUUUUCUGAGAAAACUGGGUAUAAUACAUGUGUGUAAAUUGUCGUCCCAGAUUAGCCUGUGCAAUCCUCACAGGCUAUUCAUGGAAAACACUUUCCGCUUUUUUUUACAUUUUUCGUUUAAAUGAAGUCUCUUCUUAGCAAAAAUCCAAUUUAGGCGGAAAGUGUCGUCCCUGAUAAGCCUGUGCGUACUGCACAGGCUAAUUUGGGAUGAUACUUGACGCCAAUGCAUUAUGCCCUGUUUUCUCAGACCGCGACUCAUUAGUACUCGUGUGGUUAUGGUUAUCAUUAUUUUAUUAUUCAGGAAAUAUAAUAGAAAUGUUAAUAAAUAAUCACUUAUAUAUAUUAACCUAAA